AGUUGGUUGUGACCAAAACAAAAAGAAAAAGAUGAUAUUUCGUUCCCAAGCCCAACGCUACAAAUAAUAGAAUCUAAAUAUGAAAUUCUCAUUCUUUCCUUUAAAAAAAAGAAGAAAAACAGAAAAAUAGAACCCAACCAAAGAGAAGUUAAUGCUCCGCUUGCUUUGAUUUCAAGUUCAGAAUCCGACAUCUGUGUUUUUGGACACUAGGCAGAUCCAAACACCCAACACCUGUUUCCUUCUCCCUGAUUUUGCAGAAAUAUAUAAAGCACGAGAAAACAGAGCUCAAAAAUGGGAUCACUAUUCAGCUCAACGCUUAAAAGGGAAGACAUAGAUAUGGCGCUUGCCAAGGCCAAGCAGAUCGUUUCCUCAAAUCCAGUUGUAGUUUUCAGUAAGAAGUACUGUGGAUAUUGCCCUAGGGUUAAGAACCUACUUUCCCAGUUACAAGCAACUUAUAAAGUCAUUGAACUAGAUGAGGAAGCCGAUGGUGAUGAGAUCCAGGCAGCGUUGCACGAGUGGACGGGGCAGAGAACUGUCCCAAAUGUAUUCAUCAACGGCAAACACAUAGGUGGCUCUGAUGUGGUUAUGGCAAAACACCAGCAGGGCCAACUUGUUCCAUUGCUGAUUGAAGCUGGUGCAAUUCCAAAACAAAGCAUGCAGUCCUGAACUUCCAUUAGUGGAUGGAAAUGAGCUUAGCUUACUUACUCCAACAAUAAAUCCAAUGACAUAAAUUAUGGAACUUGUGCAUUAAAAGUUAGUAAACACUUUGUCCUAAUAGAGUUGCUGUUGUAGGGCCUUUGUUUUUCAGCAGCAUUUCUUGUAAUAUUCCGUUUAAAGUGGCAUAUUUAUGGCUGCCUAGCUUGUAUCA